AUGGCUGCUAUGAACUACAUGCUGUCAGAAGACCAGUUUGUGUGCUCCAUCUGCCUGAAUGUCUUCAUGGACCCAGUCAGCACUCCUUGUGGACACAACUUCUGUAAGAACUGCAUUAGCGGUUACUGGGAUAAAAGUAGUUGCUGCGUUUGCCCACUUUGUAAGGAGGCCUUCAACACAAGACCAGUGUUAAAAAUCAACACUCUGCUUUCCCACAUGGCUUCUCAGUUUCCAAGGCAACCACAAAAACAAGAGGAAAUUUACCACAAAAGUCACAAUAUUGUUCCUCUGGGUGAAGAGUGUGAGGAGAGAAAAGCAGAAGUGAGGAAGAUGAUGGAUGAGAGAAAGAAGAAGAUUGAACAAAUACGCAGUUCUUUGGAGCUCAGUCAGAAAGCAGCUGACAAAGUGACGGAAGAGGGACUGGAGGUGUACACAGCUCUGGGACAGGCUGUGCAGAAGAACUUGGAUCAUCUCAAAGAGGAGAUUCAUGAAAAACUCAAGACUCAAAUCCAAAUAAAGACCUGGGGCAGCAUCUGUCAGGCCUCAUUUGAAGGAGCAGUUGUGAGAUCUUUGUUUGAGCUGGAGAAAACGUUCACUGAUAUCUUAAACAAAACCUAUAAGGCCGAUUUAAAAGCUAAACAAAAAUGUGCAGUGAGUGUAACUUUUGACCCUGAUACAGCACACCCAAACCUCAUUAUGACUCAUGGCAGAAAACAGGUCCAUUACAAAGAUAGGAGGAAGAAUGUCCCGGACAAUCCUGAAAGGUUUUCCGAUGCUCCUUUUGUUUUUGGGGAACAGAGUUUUUUGUUUGGGAGGUUUUACUUUGAGGUUCAGGUCACAGGAAAAACUCAUUGUUUUUUAGGAGUGGCCAGAGAGUCCAUAAACAGAAAGGGAACCAUGACAGUAGGUUCUUCUUUGGGUUUUUGGGUAAUUUAUUUAGAAGAUGAAAAAGGGAAAGCCGCUGCCAGUCCAUAUGUCAAUCUUACCUUGAGGUGUGCCCCUCAGAAGAUUGGUGUGUUUGUGGAUUAUGAAGAUGGUGUUGUCUCUUUCCAUGAUGUAGAUGCUGCAGCUCCCAUCUACAUCUUCACUCGCUGCUGUUUCAAAGACAAACUUCUGCCAUUUUUCUCUCCAUGGUACGCAGUAAAUGGAAGAAACAAAAGUCCCAUGAUCAUUUCAUCUGUUGAUUCUUAG